AUGGAGUACCUUUUAUAUAGACGUCGUAUUUCAACAGGACACGCGUCGUUUGAUGAGUUAUACGUGAAAUUUUUCGGGGAUAUUCCUGAGGAACAAAAUUUACGGACAUCUCAGAAUGAAUCAUUCGAAUCUUUGCAUCAACAACAUUAUCAUAACAACGCAAAUACGGAAAUGAUAAAUCAACAAUGCAAGUUUGAUGACUUGUAUGCAAAGUUCGCAGAUAAGUUUCAAGCUUUUGACGAAGAAAAAUGUUCGCCCGAUUUUAUCUACACUCUUGUCGAUAACACUUCAAACGAUGCAAAUCAAAAGUGCGAGUUCACUUCAUUUCCACAAACAGGAUCAAAAACUACUUCGUCUUUACAUAAACAAACUUUCACAAAUAUUAAAAUCUCCAAAAGGAAAUAA